AUGGAGCGAGAACUAUCAGCCGUGGCGUACCUAAUGAAGAUGCUUGUGGCCAAGCGACAAGUGUCAGAAAUUGAGCUUUUUACAGAGAAGCUGGCGAACGCUUUGAAGGAGAAGUUCCAGGGACACUGGUACCCAGAUAACCCCAGCAAGGGACAAGCAUACAGAUGCAUACGUGUCAACUUGUGGAGCAGCUCUGAUCCAGAAAUCAUGCGGUCCUGUCAUGAGAGUGGGGUCAACUUCUGUGACCUAGGCUUGCCGCCCAUCCUCACCUUGUGGGUGGACCCCGGUGAGGUGUCUUGCAGGUAA